AUGAAAAUUUACAGCAAAUUUUGUACUAUAUUAAAAUCGACAGCUAGUUUUAAUGAGAGACAUUUUGUUGAUAAAAUGAAAAUAAAAGUGAAAGCUGGGGAUGGUGGUAAAGGAUGUGUGUGCUAUUAUAGGUGAGUUCUAAAUAUAUGAAAUAGAGAUCGUAUUGUAGUAACAGGAGCACCAGAUGGAGGAGAUGGAGGAAAAGGAGGUGAUAUUUAUUUAAAGGCAUCAGAAUAGAUAUAUGAUUUAAGUAUUUUAAGAAAGCCACAUAUUAUUGGGAAUAAUGGAAAGUAAGGAAUGAAAUUGAAAUGUAAUGGGAAAACAGGUUCUGAUAUUAAAGUUAGUGUUCCUAUGGGUACCUUAGUUUUUGAGAUAAAGUCUGAUGAUACAAAAGAAUUGAUUGGAGAUCUUGAUGAAAAUAAUAAAGAAUGUUUGGUAGCUAAAGGUGGUAGUGGAGGAAAAGGAAAUGCAAGAAAUAUAGGAAUUAGAGAAGUAUAAUUAGGAUAAUAAGGAUAAGAAAAGGAUAUAUUUUUAGAAGUGAAAACUUUGGCAGAUAUAGGAUUAGUAGGAUUUCCAAAUGCAGGAAAAUCAACUUUGUUAGCUGCUGCAUCUAGAGCUUUACCUAAAAUAGCAGAUUAUCCAUUUACAACAUUAAAUCCUAUGGUUGGUAAGGUCAGGUUUGUUGAUAAUAUGGAAAUGACUAUAGCAGAUAUUCCAGGAUUAAUUGAAGAUGCUCAUAAUGAUAAAGGAUUAGGGCAUGAAUUUUUAAGACACAUUGAAAGAUGCAGAGUAAUCUAUUAUAUCAUAUUAUUAGUUAUUGUUAUAUGUUUUAGAUGGGUAGGCAGGAAAUGUUGAAGAAUAACUAUAAAUAUUAAAGAAUGAAAUUAAAGAGUAUAAUCAGGAAAUUUUGUAAAAACCUUAUAUUGUAUGUAUCAAUAAGGCUGAUUUAAUAAAAGAAGAUUAUGAUUAUAUAAUGAUUAGUGCUAAACAUUGUCAAAAUGUUGGCUAAUUACUCUUGAAAUGUAAAGAUUAAAUCGAAAAGAUUCGAAAUGAAAUUCAAAUUAAAAAAUAAAAUGAAAAACUAAAUGAAAAGAACUAUCAAAUCAAAAGACAAUAACUUGAAAAAUAAUUAUUUGGAUCAACAGAGAAGUCUAAUUGA